AUGUCGCGUCCAGAGCACCUGGCACCGCCAGAGAUCUUCUACAAUGACACCGAGGCACAAAAGUACACCGCCAACACGCGAGUGCAGACGAUUCAGGCCGAGAUGACGGAGCGAGCGAUCGAACUGCUCAUGCUUCCUGAACACCGCAAGCCAGCUUUACUACUCGACAUCGGCUGUGGCUCGGGUCUCUCGGGCGAGAUCAUCACCGAGCACGGACACGAAUGGAUUGGCUUCGACAUUUCGCCCUCGAUGCUGGAAGUUGCACUGGAAAAGGAGACCGAGGGUGACCUUCUGCUCGCCGAUGCUGGUCAAGGUUGUGGAUUCCGUGCAGGCUCGUUCGAUGGAGCCAUUUCGAUCUCGGUGCUGCAGUGGCUGUGCAACGCCGACGCCACGUCGCACAACCCUGCCCAGCGACUCUCGUCGUUCUUCACGACGCUCUACUCGUCGCUCUCGCGCGGAUCGCGCGCCGUCUUUCAGUUCUACCCGGAAUCCGACGACCAGGUCAAGUUCAUCAUGCAGUUCGCCACGCGCGCCGGAUUCGGCGGCGGUCUUGUCGUGGACUACCCCAACUCGAAAAAGGCCAAGAAGUUCUAUCUGGUGCUGUGGGUCGGUGGCGAAAUGAUGGUCGGGCCCAACGGUCAGGCGACCAAACAAACACUGCCAGAAGGAAAGACCCAUGACCACGAAGAGGCAGCCGCCAGCAACGGCGUCAAGUACGAAAAACGAAGACUCGAUCGAGACCGAAGAGGCAGCAAGAAGAAACGCUCCUCCGAAACGGCAAAGGAAUACAUUGUGCGCAAGAAACAACUCAACCGAAAGCGCGGAAAGGAAGACGUCCCCCUCGACAGCAAGUACACCGGCCGCCGCAGAAAGGGAGGCUUCUAA